AGACUCAAACUGAGGAUCAGCACAGCUUUUUUGUUGAAGGCAAAGCAGAGACUUCUCAACAGACAAAAUGGUGCACUGGACUGACGGGGAGAGAAAAGAAAUCGAUGCCCAAUGGAAGAAACAAAACAUGACUGCACUUGUUAAGGAAGGCCUGGAAAGGAUGUUCUGUGCCUACCCUUGGACUAAACGUUAUUUCGAAAAUCGAAAAAACUUUACAGUUGCUGGACAUGCGAAAACAGUGUCAGAUGCUCUGGAGAAAGCUGUCAAAAAUAUGGACAAUAUAAAGGCCCAGUUUACAGAAAUCAGCAAGACGCAUGCUGAGGUUCUACAUGUGGAUUCUGGAAGCUUCCAUCUGCUGACUGACUGCGUUAUCAUCGCAAUGGCCUCUAACAGAAAGCCACACUUCAGUCCUGAAGUCCAUUACAUUUGGGACAAAUUUUUUAAGGUGGUGGUUGCUGCCAUUUCGAAGCAGUACCAUUAAACCUGUAAUGAAAGAAACCCUUCAUCUUCCAUCAAGAAAUGCAAUUCAUCAUAUUCAAAAGCUCUCAGCUCUUAAAGAAUUGUCUAACAGCUUAUCUAAAAUAAAGCUGAUGAAUUUUUGAACAAACACUCCUUUCUGUACGCUAAUUCUAAUACAACUUCUGCAACUAUCUCCGUGUAUUUUCCUCCUUCUGCUUGGAAAUCCAAUAAAGAAUCAACAUUA